AUGGCAGCUGUUCAUGAUAAAUUUUUUAAGGAUCUUAUUGGAAUUGCUGACUCUAGUGUGAAGGGAUGUUAUGCUGAGUGGCUUAAAUCUGUCUUGAUUUAUUCCCUUCCUUCUGGUGCUGCUGAUGGCCUUACUUCUGAUAUCACUAAUGUUGAGAUCAAAGAUGCAUUGUUCAGACAAGGAAACAAUAAAAGUCCUGGUCCUGAUGGUUACGCUUUAUGGUUCUUCAAGCCUGCAUGGGACAUUUCAGCAUUUGUUAAGGGUAGAAACAUAGCUGAUAACACUUUGCUUGCCCAAGAAAUUGUAAAGGGAUACUCUAUGAAGAAUUUAUCUCCUAGAUGCACUAUUAAGGUAGAUUUGCAAAAGGCCUUUGAUUCAAUUUGUUGGGAUUUUUUUAUGAUUGUUUUGGAAGCUAUGGGUUUACUUGAGGUUUUUUGUGGAUGGAUAAAAGCUUGUAUCACUACUCUUAGCUAUUCAAUUUCUUUGAAUGGAAGCUUGGUGGGAUUUUUUAAAGGUGCAAAGGGGGUAAGACAGGGGGAUCUCCUAUCCCCUUAUCUAUUUGUUAUUGUUAUGAAUGUUUUAUCUACCCUUCUGGAUGCUGCAGCAAUGAAUGGUGUUUUCAGAUUUCAUCCUAAGUGCAAAAGAAUUCCCCUCACUCAUCUUUGUUUUGCUGAUGACUUACUAUUGUUCUGCCAUGGGUCUUUGGAUGCUUUAUUGGGUGUAGUUAGUACCCUUGAAAAGUUUUAUGAACUCUCAGGUCUUAAGUUGAAUGCUUUAAAGUAUGAGUUGUUUGCUUGUGGAGUGGCUAGGGAUGAGCUUGAAGUGAUCCAAAGUGCUACUGGUUUUAAGUUAGGCCAGCUUCCUGUUAGGUACCUUGGGGUACCCUUGGUCACUCGUAAGCUCUCAAGUAAGGACUGCUCUGCCUUACUUGUGAAAAUCAAAGGUAGGAUUGACAAUUGGUCUAGUAGGAAACUCAACUUUGGGGGUAGAUUACAUCUUGUGAAGUCUGUCAUUUUCAGUAUAUUUGGUUACUGGUGCAUGCAAGUCAUUCUGCCUAAAGGGGGCUGUGAUACUUCAGCAAGAGGGGCUAGAGUGAGCUGGAAUCAGGUUUGCACCCUUAAAUCUGAGGAUGGUUUAGGCCUUGGGAAGCUGGCUGAUUGGAGUAAGGCUUGUUGUUUCAUGCUUAUUAAAAACAUUCUUGCUGGGGAAGGGUCCUUAUGGAUUGCUUGGGUAAAGACUUACUGUUUUAAAUCAGUUCACUAUUGGGAGGUUGAUAGCAAAGCUCACUUCAGUUGGAUUCUUUGCAAGCUGAUCAAGAUGAGAGAGGAAGCUUGUAGACUUUUCAGUUCUAUGACCAAUUUGUCACAAACUAAGGGCAGAUGGAUUUGGGACAAUAUCAAACAAAAGAGAGAAAAGGUGGACUGGUAUCGGUUGAUCUGGUUCCCAGCUCAUGUUCCUAAAUUCUCUGUGGUUGCUUGGAUGGUGCUGCUGGAUAGACUGCCAACAAAGGACAUACUUGUGCGUUUUGGUAUUGUGACUGACAAUCUUUAUGGUCUAUGUGGGGCUAGUCAAGAAACUCGUAACCACCUGUUCCUGGAAUGCUUCUAUGCGUGUGAGGUUUGGCGUGCAAUUAUGAACUCUUGUGGUUUGCGUCACCAAUUGCCAAGUUGCUGGGAUGAUGCUAUACGCUGGAUGGUUCUGAACUUUAAAGGUAAAUCCCUCUUGAUCCAUAUUCUCAAGUUAGCUUGGACCAGUUUUGUCUACUUUAUCUGGGAGGAGCGGAAUCACAUAUGUUUUAGAGGAGUUACUCGCUCGACUGAUGCUAUACACUUUUUAUAUUGCUGCAAUCGACGAUGA